AUGGCCUGGCCCGCGCCCCUGCGCACAUCGUCGCCGCUCCAUGCUGGGCUACCAUUUUCUCUAUUGUGGAAGAUGCCUUAUCGACCAGAGGCAGAUUUGAAGAGACCAGAUCUGAAAGGCGAGUUUCUCUGUGGGCAUUGUGGAAAAACGUUUUGUCAUGCUGCAUCACUCAAUCGACAUCGACUCAACUUUCAUGGCGAUGACCAACAUUGCCAGCUUUGUGAUGCAAAGAUUCCAGCGCAUGAAACAGUUCGUCGUCACAUGGGUGUUCAUCACGCUAUAAAUCGAGUGUUUACCUGUGGCUGUUGCAAUUGGACUUUUCCUGAUAAAAAGGAACUUCAUGCCCAUAACAAUAGUAUGAUGCGUACAGGACAUCCAGGUGAUGCGAAAGCAAUCGCAAUUAGCAGUAGGCCUCCAGGCUCCCUGUCCCAAGCAGAACUUCGUGGCGAAGAACAUCCAUCACCUAGGCCGCCAAAGACUGUUGUUCGUAAGAAGGACGACAAAAGCACUGCUGCUCAGCUAUUGUUCUCGCAGCUCAUGAAUUCGCAGUCACAACCUCCAUCACAAGUUACGGUGUCAGCUGAUUGGCUCAGCGCAUUUCUACUUAACAAUCCCACUCUGCUCCCACUCCUACAUCAUGGACACACUGGAAAUGGAGACACAGAGAUGACUCCGUCCACUUCCAUCGAUGAGGAAGCGAACAAUGCAAGCAAGAACCUUCUCAACAAUAACAAUAUCGAAUUUUCUGAGUUAAACGUGAAAACAGAGAACGAUAUGGUGUUGAGUGGACCGGAGUCCGGCAUCGCGUCUGGUGAAGAGGUGACUGAAACCGACUCGUCACCAGCUCAAAGUUCCAAAGAAGGCAGCCCUCUCACACAUGACAUCGCUCCACAAUCCAAUAGAAAGCGCAAAUCAGUAGAUGCCAUCGCAUCUAUUCUAUUCAAGAAAAAAUGCAUGAUGGGCUGACGCGGAUCCGCAGUGGCAUUUUAUGGAAAGGUCUCUUAAUUCUGCAAUUACUUCCUUCUCAAACUACGUCGUCGAAUAUCUUGCCAGUGUGAUAAUUUCUUCCACCGGAUAAAGCCCAAAACUUCCCCCUCAUCGAAUAUAGGUUGUGGUCGAUCGAUUCCAUUCCAUUCCAGCUGUUAGCUAUUAGGUGUUGUGCUGUGUUAUUCUAAUUUAUCGUUAUAUCUAAUUCGCAUAAUUAUAGUUACGGCUUUAUGGCAAUAUAUCUCAUAUCCAGAGUUAUUCACUUGAUCAUGAUUAUCCAACGAAAUCUAUGUAGAUAUUAUGUAUCCUUGCUCGCUCAGGAUUAUCACAUUCCACUCACGGUUUGACAGCGAAUCUGAUGAUAUUCACUCUAGCCUUUUGUGUUUGUUUAUGCGUUGUAUUUCGAAUAAUAAUGCUGUCGUUUCGUGUUCUCCUCUGCUUAAUCUGCACUUAUUUUUUAUUUGAUUGAAACAUUGUGAUCAUAUGAACGUUUUGAAG